GCGCGGGGCGGGGACGCGACGACGCCAGCGCCAGCGGAUCCCGUGACCGUGCGCCCCGCCCGGAGCCGCCGCGGUCAUGCAGUCCCCGGCGGUGCUCGUCACCUCCAGGCGAGUUCAGAAUGUCCACACGGGCCUCGACCUGACCGUGCCCCAGCACCAGGAGGUGCGGGGCAAGAUGAUGUCAGGCCACGUGGAGUACCAGAUCCUGGUGGUUACCCGGCUGGCUGCGUUCAAGUCGGCUAAGCACAGGCCCGAGGAUGUCGUCCAGUUCUUGGUGAGCUGGGGGCUCUGCCAGGAUGCUCCUGAGGGGGCCCAGGGACCAGGGGGCCAGGCGCACAGACACACCUGCCACUGGGGUGUGAGCAGCACCAGGGAGCGGCCCGAGGACAUAGACUGUACUGUUGCUGUGCUGUCAGCAUGUUCCCAGGCUCCCACCUGUAACCACUCCGCCAAUCUAGGCUUUGCUGCAGGCUUCAGGCUUGGAGCCCCGGCUUCCCCCAUCCCAGGAGGCUGCAGGAAGCCCCCAGCUCAGGUCCUGGCACAGGAGCUUGGGUGUGGGGCGACACCACCUCGUCCCCUGGCAGUGGGUGUCAGGUGCCCUCCUCCUCCUCCUUCCACAGGCACCAGGUCCCCAGGGGCUGCGGACCUCACCAGCAGAGACGUCUCUGUCCUGGAUACACCCAACCAGGCCCGGGAUGACGGGGAGGCUUUCGACUUCUUCGAGCAGCAGGACCGAGCAGAGCUUGAGGCUCUGCCCAUCCCAGGCCGGGAGAGCGAGGAUGCAGGAAAAUCCUCCGAGGAGGAAGAGGAGGCACUGGACCCUCUGGGCAUCAUGCGCUCCAAGAAGCCCAAGAAACGCCCCGAAGUGGUGGUGAAGCCCAAACCCUCACCCCGACUCACCAUUUUUGAUGAGGAGGUGGACCCUGAUGAGGGGCUCUUUGGCCCGGGCACAAAGCCCACCCCCCAGCGCCCCGCAGAGGACACGCCCCUCCAGGAUCCCCUGAAGUUGUUUGAGGAUCCUGACCUCGGUGGUGCCGUCCCUCUGGGAGACCCCUUACUGCUGCCUGCCGCCCAGGAGAGUAGAGGGCGCAUAUCCCACGCGGAGCUGUUCAGAGUUGAAGAGGACUUGGACCAGAUUCUGAACCUGGGGGCUGAGCCCACACCCAAGCCCCAGCCUAAGCCCAGACCUCCAGUGGCAGCUAAGCCAGCACUUCCCAGAAAGCCAGCUGUCCCCCCCAGAGCAGGCCUGUUGGAGGCCGAGGCGGGGCGGCGGAAGCAGCAGCAGCCGCAGAUUCAAGCCAUGGACGAGAUGGACAUCUUACAGUAUAUCCGGGACCACGAUGCGCCUGGCCAGGCCGCCCCCAGCCUCUUCUGACCCUCCCACCCCUGAACUGGCCCCGGGCUGCCAGAGCCUCUCCGCUGGAGGGAUGUGGGGUGAUGUGGGCACUGUGCCCUGCAGGGCCAGGACCUCUAUUCCCAAGGGAGGGGGGUGGAUGCACAGGUCAUAGGACCCCUGUGCUACCUUGGGCUUUGUUUUGUUUUGUUUGCCUGUGGGGUCAGAGAACCCUGAAGGGCAUGGAGAGAGAGGUCACCAUAGGAAUCGGAGCUCAGAUUGUCUCAGCCACAUGGAUAUGGAGGGGAGAGCAUGGGGGCUGCCGUGCUAACCAGGACUUCAGCCCCCAGGAUGAAAUUGAGACUGGAGGGACUCCAGGAUGCCCUGCUCGGGGCAGGGGGACUUUGUGUCCAGUCGUGCCUAUUGCGUAGGGGCGAGGGUCUGCCCAGCCUGGGAAGAGGGGUGGAGUCCCUGGGCUGCCUCUGGUCAUCAGGUGCUAAGCAGGGUGCUUUCCCAUGUGUCCAACUUGAGGGAGACACGAAGCCCAACCCUGCCUCUCGCGUGUGGACAGCCUGAUGAGCCCCCGGUCUUCCUUCCUCCUCCUUUCCCAGGGACUGCCUGGCCUGACCUUGGCCUCUGUAGGCCUCUGGCCGUAUGGCCAGUGUCCACCCUUGCAGCUCCGAGCAGAGCGGUCGUGGCAUCCUCCAUCCGCUGCCUGGGCCUGUUCUUGGGUGUCUCUCGUACUCACGGUGAGCCUGGGCGGGAUGCUCUUGGCUGCUGCUUCGAGCACUCUGUCCAGCGGUGGGUGCUGCCAGGCCUUCCCUGUCCCCCAGAUCUGGACGUGCUCACCGGCCUCUCAGCUUGGGGACUGCCUCUCCAGGGAGAAGGAGCCCUGUGCCAGAGCAGGGCCAGUGCCUUAGACUUCCCCCGGACCCCCCACGCCCCGGCACACGGGUCGGGGCAUGGCACAGUGCUCAGGAAAUUCUCAGUGAACGCUGUUUAAUAGAGCAAAGGAUAUCUUUUUAAAUACAUUCUUCAUGUUCAGAACUAGUUUUUAAUGAAACACAGUUUUUAAUGAAAUGCAAUCACUGUUGUCCCUUGGCUUCUCUUGCUUGACAGAAACCCUGGAAGGGGGUUUGAAAGCAGGACCCCCUGAUGCUUUCCUGAUCAGGGCCAGCAGCCCCCCCGAGGGAGGCUUCCGACCAAGCUGGUUCUUGGCCACCAUCAGAGUCUCUAGUACCCUGCGCCUGCCCUGCGCCCGGACCUGUGGGCUGUGGGAGCACCCCCUCUGUCCUGCGUCUCAAGCACCCCGGCACCCUCGUCAGCUGUCCGGUCUGAGGAGGCUGCCCUCCUGCAGCCUGGGCCAGAGGGACAGGAAGUAGGCAGCUGUGGGAUCUGAGAGCUGCAUGCCUUCUCUGCCUUCCCCGGGCUUCAAGGCCUCUCUCCCAGGGCCCCACACAGCCUCAGGGCUCCUCACACCUGCCAUUCCACUUGCCUUUCACUGCCAGGCCUUCGCGUCCCACGCCAGAAGGCCUUGGAAGGAGUGACUGCUGAGGGGAGGGCUGCCCCUGUUCUCCCUCCUGUGCCAGCUCCCCACCCACCACCAUCUCUCACCAGCUGUGACAUAGGAGCAGAGGGCUCAGCUGGCACGUGCCUGGAAGGGGUCACAGACAGAACCUGCCAUUCUGGUGUGGAUUUCAGCCACUGUGGGCUGGCCGCCUCCCUGGAGGCCUGGCGCUGCCUAGACACUGAGUGAAGAUGUGCACGUCCCCGGAUAAUGACGCUCAAACUGUGGCUGGCUCUCCGCCGCGGGUCUGUGACCUACUGGGGAAUUGGUGACAACCAGUGAUCCAAUAAAGUUCAUGCCAGUGACUCA